AGCACGAUGGAAUCAUCUGCCACACCCCAUCGUCAUCAUCGUCACCAAAUUCUCUCUCUCUCUCUCUCUCUCUCUAAAAGACGCAGAGAAGAAACAGAAAGUGCGAGAUGGGGAAGUAUAUGCGGAAAAGUAAAGGGAUCGGUGAAGUCGCAGUGAUGGAAUUGGCGCAUGAGGUGGGAGUGAGGACUAGAGCUCGAGCACUGGCCAUGGCGGCAGCCAGCGUCGAAGCAGCGAAGAGGAGGAGAGCUGUCGGCGGAGAAUUGAGGUUGUCUUCGUCGUGUAUCCAUCUCCGGAGUCGCCGUCGGGUUGUGAUUAAACCGGAAACGGAAAAUUCCGUUUCGCUGGACGCCUCGGGGAGUUUGGGGAGGAUUGUUCGGGAGGAUCAUCGUUCAAGCCCUAGCUCCGAGCGCAUGCUUGCGUCAUGUUGCUCCAGUAAUGGAUCAAGCGAGCUUGUCAAGGAGAGAGUGACAGGCGUAGAUCUGGAGGAUGAAGCUGUUGGAAUUGAAACACCUAAUAAGUAUUUCGACUGCAGAGAAAGCAGAGAAACAACACCUUCAAGCGAGCUUCGUGCGGAAUCGGAGGACAUGGAGUCAACGGCAAGGCCAUCAGAGGGAAAAUUUCGGCCCAGAUCAACGGCCAAAAAGAUGCCGUCGGAGUCGGAAAUCGAAGAAUUCUUCGCCACCGCCGAGAAAGACCUCCAGAAACAAUUCACGGAAAAGUACAAUUACGACAUUGUGAAGGACGUCCCCUUGGAAGGUCGCUACGAGUGGGUUCAACUCGUAAACCCAUGAAGAUGAGGAACGCAAAGAAGCUAGGAUCCGAAAAAGAAGUCUAACCAAAAAAAAAAAAAAUCUCUGUAAUGGCUUCUUUAAUUUGAUACAUACUGUCAUGAUUUUUCUAGCACCACUAAUUGCAUUAUUUUCUAUCCGCUCCGCUCCCUAGUUAGGUUUUUUUUUUUCUCUCUUUUCUUCUGAAUUCUGCUCCUGUACAGCGCUCUUCAAAGAAUGAAGCUCAGUUUGUUUCGUACGUC